AUGGCAGUUAAACAUUAUGAAUUCUACUUCGAGCUUAAGAGACAUGUUGACAGCAAACUUGACGAGUAUCUAAACAGUUUUAGCGAUGGUCAAUUGGCAUGUUACAAUGGUACGACUAUCCAAUGCGAGAUGCUUUCGUUGCCUUCCGUCACAUUGACCUUCUACAAAGGAGCUUCUUUAGUGUUUGGUCCAACCAGCCUAUUCCACCAUUCUGGAGAUGAAUAUUUCUGCUUAGACGUGUUGAUGACAAUUAUCUUAACAUCAUUGGGACAAUGACAUACCAAUUAUAACAUCGGGUUUGAAGAUGAGACCAUUUACUUUGACAAAAUCUUAUGCGACUAUCUUGACUAGGUCAGAUUGCAAUGUUCCACGAGAUGCACUAGUGUUUUUAAAUGUAAUGUUUUUUCUUAAGUUCGUAAUAAAAGCUCAGUUUUCUUAAUUAACAACUACGAUAAUUUCAAGACAUAACAUACAAUGUUUUUCUCUUCACGUACGCUUCGUCCGGUAUUAUUAUAUAAACAAGUCCUAGAGCUGCAGCUCUUAUUAAGUAAUCCCUAAAUUCUUUUAGUUAGAAUCUGGUUAAAACUAAGUUGGAUUAAUGUUUCCAUUAAUGUUUGCUCCGGACUUGGGAAUACUACAGAGCUAAAACCGAACUUUAUCGAUUUAAAAAGCAAAUAGAACAAAUGUUAAUUAAAUAGGGUGUAUCAAUUCCAUACAAAUUUGGUGAUCAAAAGAAAACAUACUAUAAAUUGUUAUAGUUGAUGACAUAUGUAAUUGAUGUGUGAAUAAAUGGGUAUGUGUGAAAAAUAGGUAAGGUGGAUUCCAAUUCACUAUUGGAUAGUAAGAAGUGUUUAACAUAGUAAAUAUUUUCUAGAAUUUGACUAUAAAGAUGUGUGUAUCCAUCACUGUCAGCCAAAUUUCUUCAAUCCACAAUUUGUUUUCAAUCCAAAAAUAUGAAAUAUGUGAAACAAUAAAAUACCAUAUUUCGCCUUUUUAAUUAUUAUCUUUCUAUUUUAUAUUUUCACUUCUAUAACCAUUAUACAUUUAUAUAUGAUAUGGAUGGAACUAUUUUUCACACAAAUAAUUAUAUAAUUAGAAAUAAAAUAUAAUAUAAAUUAAUAUGUGAAGAACGAAGUAGAGAACAAAUUAGCUGGUGUUCUUUCUUGUUUUUUGGCCGACCGCAGUUGGUGGUCUAAUGAGAAUAUAAAGUAAAAGAAAGUACUGAUAGAAAAAAACCAUUAAGAAAGUAUUUGAAACCAAAGAUUAAACAUUCUUUUAAAAAAUUAAAACUAAUUAUUGAGUUGUAAUUAAAUUAUAAAGCUCUUCAAUAAUAAUAAUUGGUCAUUAGUUUCUUUAUUCUAAUGUAAACAAAAAAAGUUUCUUUAUAUUAGAAUAGUUGGAAUUUAGAGCACAUGAAUAGUUGGGAUUCUAAAUAUUUAACAAAAAAAAAAUGAAAUUAAAAGAGAGAAGACCAAAAUUCUAAUUUUAGAGGUUUUUAGAAACUUUUAGUAUAUCUAAAAAAUACAUGUCAUCAUAUAAGAGAAAAUUAAUGAUUUUGUUAAUUUAGAAAAAUAAAACAUAAUUAAAUAAUUACAAUACUAAUAUGUUAUUUCUUUUAGAAACUUAUGUGAUUUCUUAUUGUUGGAAUUAUGUUGGAAUUGCUCUUAGAGCCUCCCCCAACGAAAGAUUUCCACCAAACUUUUAAUGAGAAUUUUUUAUUGGAUGUGCUCUUAGUUUCUUUCCUUGAUCUUUUCUUUUGGCAGCUUCUCCUUAAAUUUUCCAAGACUCUUUAUGGGGUUUUUUUUUUUUCAAAAAAAAGACUCUUUAUGGCUUCCUAGGGUUAGUUCUCGGUAAAACACAAUAAAACAUUUGUUUUGACUCUUAAUUUUAAAGCACUAUUAUAUAUAAAUCGUAUGUUUUCAGAUUGGAGAAAUUUUGUUUAUAUUAAAAUUCAUCUUCAAAUUAUUAUUUUUUUGGUUGAAAUGUUAAAUUCUUCAAAUUAUUGUUUAUGACCCUAUAAAUCUUUAGACCAGCCUGAUUUUGGUUCGUUUAUGGUUGGACUUAUCUUCCAACUCCAGUCACAUUCACAUCUGUGUACUCUCUCUGGAAACACAUCCAAACAUCCUCUGAUAUGGCAUUUAUCUCUACUCGUUAUCUUCUUGGACCCCUUGAAACCUUAGAUCAGCAAUCUCUACUAUUUUAUGUUCCUUUGUUGUUUCUUUUUCUGUAUCCCUUUCUUCUCGGAAUUUUGAGUCGAGAAUGAGUGCAUGUUCUAGUGAUCUUUGGUUAAAUUCUUAUCAAGUUCUUGCAUCAACGUUUGCCUUCUGCAACAUAAUAAUCUAGUUUAGUUUCUUUCUCUUUGAUUCACUAUGUAUAUACUGCUAUGGCCUAUGUACCCUUUAUUUGACACUUGAAGUGGGAAUCAAACUCUGGCUACCACAAAUCUUACUAAAGCAUGGUUAUUGAGCUAUAUAACUAAUUAUUAAGAAGUUUCCAUCUUAUUUCUUUACCGUGUCGACCAAGAAACCUUUAGUUUUCUUUCUUGAAUAAAGCGUAUAAUCUACGAUAGCCGUGUGUAACUUUGGAAGUCGAUCUACUGUAUAUCGGUAAUUACUAAUUAGCAGAAAAACUAGAAAAUGGGAUGUUAAGCAAUUUUAUUUAAUAAUUUUAGGCAGAUGGACGCAUGUGAAAGUUUUAAUUAGCGGAACUAAAAUCACACAUUUCUAUCUAGAGGUCUCGAAUUUUAAAUUUUUAAUAUUUUUGCCACAAUAAUACUCUACUAAUUUUUUUGGGGGUAAAAGACAGUGUAAAAACGCUAUCUUACAGAACAAAAACGUUUAUAAUUUCGUAGAUCACUUCCUCCUUUACAAAAUACAUUUAAAGACAAGUACCUCAAAACCAGUUCUGAAAUACACAAAUUGCAAUUUCUUUCACUUAUAAGCUAUAACUUAUAACCCAAUGUUUAUACUUUAAGUUUGUUUUUGUGUUUUCUCCCUGAGGUAUGUUCUUCAUGCCCAGCUGUUGCGUAAUGGACUUCGCAAAUCUUACACCACAUAGUUUUUGAUUUGACAUGACUGCUUUGAGUGGCUAUACUAUCGAAGCCUACACAACAAAAACAAAUUAAGAAGAAAAAAAUGGUUUAAUCUUAAGACUCAACAACAAGCCA